UUGAGCCGGUUUGUUUGUAGGACGAAUGACGCCAGGGUCCGGACUGUGUUUUCAGACGACGGUGUAGUCGGCGAAAGGUCCUGGUAGGAGGGGUAAGCAGCUGGCAAAGUGCCGCCGGUGUUGUACUCGGUAGUUGGGGCUCCGGAGGGAGCGCACCGGCCUCUCAACCGGGCCGGAAAGCCCAGCCACCGGCCUGGAGAGGGGGAAGCUUUAAAAGUUCUCAGCUUAAGAGGGGUAACAUGAGUCACCUGAGCCGCGCCUGGAAGGCGGCGGUGAUUCAGCCCCUGGCGGCCCUGCCAGUGCACGUCCGCCGACCCCCGCCACCCUGACGAGCGCAGCCUGCCGGCGGAGCAUCUUCACGCCUUUGGUGACUGCUCAGCAGUGCGUGUGGUAUGGUGAGUGCGGCAUGUCUACCGUGGUCCCCGGGAAGCGCUACAACUGUAACUACACUGGUCCCCCUAUCCCUUUGCCUAAGGAGGGGCACGACCUGCUGGCGGAGCUGUGCCCAGGGUUGGACUAUGGAACUGACAGCCUUUGCUGUGAUGUUCAGCAGCUACAGACCCUGAAAGGGAGUCUUCAGCUUCCUCUUCAGUUCCUCUCAAGGUGUCCUGCCUGCUUUUACAACUUGAUAAACCUGUUCUGCGAGCUCACGUGCAGUCCGCAGCAGAGCCUCUUCCUUAACGCCACCAAGUUCUCUCCCGAUGCCGAGCACAACAAGACCAAUGUGGAGGAAUUGCAGUACUACAUUGGGCAGACUUUUGCCAACGCGAUGUUCAACGCCUGCAUGGAUGUGCAGGCCCCAUCGAGCAACGUCAAGGCCCUUUCGCUCCUCUGUGGGAAGGACGCAAAGGACUGCAAUGCCACCAACUGGAUAGAGUACAUGUUCAGCACCAGCAAUGGCCAAGCUCCCUUCUCCAUCAUCCCCAUCUUCACAGAUGUUCCGGUGGCCACCAUGACGCCGAUGACCAAUGCGACACGUGGCUGCAACGAGUCCCUCCCGGACGGGUCGGGACCGUGCUCGUGCCAGGACUGCAGUCUGGAGUGUGGGCCCAUGCCUGUGCCGCCGCCCCUGCCCACACCCUGGACCAUCCUGGGCAUGGACGCCAUGGCUGUCAUCAUGUGGAUCUCCUACCUAGUCUUCCUGCUGGUCUUCAUCGGUGGGGUCUUGGGCACCUGGUGCUACAGGAGAAGAGCCAUCCUGUCAGAAUAUGGACCUAUCCUGGACAGCAACAGCGCUCACUCCGUGAACAGAGAUGGCGAUUUGGGCGAGGCCACCUGCUGCGAGACGCUGGGCGAGGCCUUUGAGGAUGCGCUGCGGUGCCUCUUCUCGGCCUGGGGGUCGUUUUGCGUACGCCGGCCGCUGCCCGUGAUCCUGGCCAGCCUGGUCAUUGUGGCGGCGUGCUCAGGGGGCCUGGCCUACAUGCGCGUCACUACCGAUCCGGUGGAGCUGUGGUCGGCGCCGGGCAGCCAGGCCCGCCAGGAGAAGGAUUACUUCGACAGGCAUUUCGGGCCCUUCUUCCGCACGGAGCAACUGAUCAUCACCACCACCCUCGCCACCAACUCCACCUACUCUCCAUACUUCGGAGGUGCUAACGUGCCGUUUGGUGCCCCACUGGACAAGGGGGUGCUGCAUCAGGUGCUGGACUUCCAGACGGACAUCGAGAACCUGGAGGCCAGCUACGGGAACGAGACUGUGCGCCUGAAGGACAUCUGCCUGGCCCCGCUGGCCCCCUACAACGACAACUGCACCAUCCUCAGCGUGCUCAACUAUUUCCAGAACAGCCACGAGGUACUCGACCACUGGAAAGGAGACGACUUCUACACAUACGCAGACUACCACAGCCACUUCCUGUACUGCGUCAGCGCCCCAGCAUCGCUGAACGACACAGGGCUCCUUCACGACCCCUGCCUCGGCACCUUUGGCGGCCCCAUCUUCCCCUGGCUUGUUCUCGGUGGCUAUGACGCUGCCAACUACAACAACGCUACGGCCCUGGUGAUCACCUUCCCAGUGAACAACUACCACAACGACACGGAGAGGCUGAACAAGGCGCUGGCCUGGGAGGCCGAAUUCAUCCGGUUCGUGAAGAACUACAGCAACCCGAACUUGACCAUUGCCUUCAGCGCGGAGCGCAGCAUCGAGGAUGAGAUCAACCGCGAGAGCAGCAGCGACAUCUCCACCAUCUCCAUCAGCUACGCCAUCAUGUUUGUCUACAUCUCCCUGGCACUGGGCCACAUCCAGAGCUUCCGACGCCUGCUGGUGGACUCGAAGAUCUCGCUGGGCAUCGCCGGGAUCCUUAUCGUACUCGGCUCGGUGGCCUGCUCGCUGGGCAUCUUCAGUUAUGUCGGCGUGCCCCUCACCCUCAUCGUCAUCGAGGUCAUCCCCUUCCUGGUCCUGGCAGUGGGCGUGGACAACAUCUUUAUCAUCGUGCAGGCGUACCAGAGGGACGAGCGAAUGCCCCAGGAGGAACUUCACCAGCAGAUCGGCCGCAUCCUGGGUGACGUGGCACCCAGCAUGUUCCUCUCCUCCCUCUCGGAGACUGUGGCCUUCUUCCUGGGUGCUCUGUCCACCAUGCCGGCCGUGCGCACCUUCUCCCUUUUUGCCGGGCUGGCCGUUUUCAUCGACUUCCUGCUGCAGAUCAGCUGCUUCGUGAGCCUGCUGGGCUUGGAUAUCAGAAGGCAAGAGAGCAACCGCCUGGACAUCAUGUGCUGCAUAAAGCUGCCUGAGGGCCAGGAGGGGAAGACCGACGGCUUCCUUUUCAGGUUCUUCAAGAAGAUCUAUGCACCCUUCAUUCUGAAGGACUGGGUGCGGCCCAUCGUGGUAUCGGUGUUCGUGGGCAUGCUGUCCUUCAGCGUUGCUGUGACAAAUAAGGUAGACAUCGGCCUGGACCAGAAGCUCUCCAUGCCUGAUGACUCCUACGUGCUGCAUUACUUCACCAACCUGAGCGCAUACCUGCACACGGGCGCGCCCGUCUACUUCGUGGUGGAGGACGGCCAUGACUACCGGACACUGGAAGGGCAAAACGCCAUUUGCGGGGGCGUGGGCUGCAACAACGACUCUCUCAUGCAGCAGCUCUACACGGCCUCCCAGAUGAGCAGCUAUACGAGAAUUGGCUUCCCGUCCUCGUCCUGGCUGGAUGAUUACUUUGACUGGGUGAAGCCAGAAUCCACGUGCUGUAGGAUCUACAACACGUCGGGUGCUUUCUGCAACGCCUCCGUGGUGGACAAGUCCUGCGUUCACUGCCGCUCGCCAACACAAGGGAGGACCAGGCCCACCGAGGGCGAGUUCAUGAGGUUCCUGCCCAUGUUCCUGUCUGACAAUCCCAACCCCAAAUGCGGCAAAGGAGGGCAUGCGGCCUACAGUGCUGCAGUGGACCUGACGCACAACGGCACCAACGUGGGCGCGUCCUACUUCAUGACCUACCACACCAUCCUGCAGACCUCGCAGGACUUCAUCGACGCCAUGAAGAUGGCGCGUAUCCUGGCCGACAACAUCACCCGCACCGUAGCCCCGCAGGGCGAGAACUACAGCGUCUUUCCUUACAGCGUCUUCUACGUGUUCUACGAGCAGUACCUCACCAUCGCCAAGGACACGGCCUUCAACCUGGGGGUGUCCCUGGCGGCCAUCUUCGUGGUGACCACCGUGCUGCUGGGCUUUGAGCUCUGGUCUGCCGUCAUGGUCUGCAUCACCAUCGCCAUGAUCCUCGUCAACAUGUUCGGGGUCAUGUGGCUCUGGAGCAUCAGCCUGAACGCAGUGUCUCUCGUCAACCUGGUCAUGGCCUGCGGCAUCUCUGUGGAGUUCUGCAGCCACAUCGUGCGUGCCUUCUCCAUCAGCACCGGCAGCACGCGGGUCGAGCGGGCCGAGCAGGCGCUGGCUCACAUGGGGAGCUCCGUGUUCAGCGGAAUCACUCUGACCAAGUUCGGCGGCAUCCUCAUCCUGGCCCUCUCCAAGUCCCAGAUAUUCCAGAUCUUCUAUUUCCGCAUGUACCUGGCUAUCGUGCUCCUGGGGGCGGCCCACGGCCUCAUCUUCCUGCCCGUGCUGCUGAGUUACGCAGGUCCCUCUGUAAAUAAAGCCAAAUUGGCUGCUUCUCGAAAACGCUACGUGGGCACAGAGAGGGAGCGGCUUCUGAACCUCUGAGCACCUUCUCGAGAUGGGGGAGGGUUUGCGUUUCGGCGACGGCGUGGACCAGUUUCAGAUCUCGUCCUCCGAUUACACACGGAAUGGAUGCUUCCCCCACCCAGAAAAACUUCAGACUGACUUCAUCGCUAACUCAGGAACUCUCAAAACACUGCACACCACCUGACACGUAAUAUUUCUCGUUUUCAUCCAUCGCCAACACUACACAAGCACCGUGCCGCACAGAACCACACCCAGGACACGAGGGGGUGGGGGGAAGGGUUUGGCUGGAUGGAGUUGAGUGUCGACGAGGGAUAUCGAUGUCUUCCUCUCUGGCGGCAGUGUGGUGACCCAGUACACGCUGCUAUGCCGGUUGUCCUUUUCAGACACCGAAUCAUAGAUGCAUCCAGACAGAUUUGCUUUCUAAUGGACCUGUAUGUGCAACUGUAUAAAGGCUAAACAUUUUUUUCACAAGGUGAGACGACGAGUUUAACUUUGUACAUGAGAAACUGUAAAAUGGCUUGGGUGUUCAGCAGGGCUUUGCAGAGAUUUGUUCCGGAAGUUGCAUGUUUGAAAUACCGUCACGAUGUUUCCUUGUUGGACAUUUUGGGAAAGACUGCGGGCGUCAGCGAAACCACGGAACGACGCGGACGCUGCAAGCGGUUUGACAGUCUACAAGGGAACUUAAAAGGUUUUUGUUUUUGUAAAACAACUUGUCACAGGCUCCUUUCCAUGACUGCCGAUGCUCAUUUUAAUGAGGACCUCGAUGGUGGGGGGGGAUGUGGAGGUGCUGGUAAACACCUACUGCAGUCGCCUCCUGCUGGCUUGGCGGUCUAGGGGGUGAAGGCCCUCCAGCCACUGGGGAGUGACUGCAGUACAGUGCUGCACAUGUGCUAGAAGCGCUACAUGCGGUAUGUUGGUGUUUCUCUGUAUCUUCCGUAGUUCCAUUUUUGCCGGUGCCAUGACAUUGGGCAACGCACAACUCGAAAUUUAAUUUUUUUUUUUUGUCACGAUUUCACCAAUGAAGUGUUCCAAGUAGAAAGCUAUUCCAGAUUCCAGGUGCUCCCUGUGCUACAUGGGAGUGAUUUCUUGAAUAAAUGAAUCGUACUAAGCCGACGUUCAGUUGUUUUGCUUGUCGCCAUGUGUCUGUAUGUGAGGGAAAAGCCAAAGCAGACCCCCCCCCCCCCAUCCACCGCAUAAAGGGCAUGCUUCAUCUAUGUCCUUGUAUGGUGUAUGGUGAAGAAGUGCCGUAGCCCAGAUCUCCUGACCAUUUUUUUUCUCCUUCAGUAGCAAUGGGAGAACUGAAACUUCCAAACUGACGCUGGAAUUAUCGCCGUUCUGACGUUCACGCUUACGGCUGCGUUACGCCAGUUUGUGACUAAUAUACCACUGUUUGUGAAACUCCAAGAAACAUGCAUGUUGCAUGUAGGGUUAAAAUUCCACAUUUCAUCUUUUAAUGAAUUUAGGCAUGUGCCGCUCAUUACGUUUAUGCAGACAGAUCUGAGUUAUCCGUUUGAAUUUACCUCUUAGCCUCAGUGCUGUUGUACAAUGCCAGUGUUUAUAGGGAAAAUAAAGUUCCUCAAAGAGGACAGCUUUGCAGGAAGCGACUGUCAAAGUGGUAUGUUGAAGUUCUGAGGAAUUUACUCUCCUUUUAUAUCACAGUAUAUUUUUGAAACUUGAUAAUGGCUUUGCAUGUUAUCUAAUAGAUUUAGUUUUAAGAGCACUUGAAUUCAUGUUGGCUAUGUGGUAGCUCUCUGCUUGCCGGAGGCAGAGUGAGUGAGUGAGAGAGUGCGCGCCCUGUGAUGGGUAGGUAGCCUGUUCUGGGUCACUCCCUGCCUUGGGCAUUUAGCUUUCAGGAUGGGCCCCAGGGGCGUCCCGUCAUUGUGAAAUAACCCGGCCUGAAGGCACAGGAUUCGACACGAACCAGGAAGAUGGCGUUUCCCCAGGAUGUGUCAUUGCCCUUUUCACAAAACAUCAAUUCGAAGGAUUGUGUUGUUGAUGCUAAAAGUUACACCUGUGCUGCAGCUAAUCAUUUAGGUUCAUUUCUGAACAUGAGAAAUCUGCAAAGAACAUUUGACGGUGCCUUUUUUUUUUGCAAAGCAAUUUUUGUAUGCAUUAACCUCUUGAGCUUGCAGGACAUGCAGGAUGCUCUGCUGGUAUCCUAGCAAACUGACAGUUGACAUUUACUAACAAAGUAAAUAUAGAUGUAAGCGUGUAAAACUUCAAAUUUGAAGUGUCAACCUGUCUGCGAUGAUUGCAAGUAUUGGUAUGUUGCCUUUUAGAAAUAAACUACUUCUAUACA